AUGGACUACCUCAUACGCUUCUCCCAGUCGCACGAGACUUUUCGGCGCGCAGAGAUCGAGGCGAUAGCGACAUGCCUCGGCUUUGACAUGCAAGUCGUGUUCUACGAUGACGAUUCACCGUUCUGCAUCGUCCGCCUCCCCUCCGAGGAAGCAGCCAGGAGCCUCGCCAAGCGCUCCAUCCUCGCCCAGAGCAUCCACGAGCUCUGGGGCACCGGCGCCACCCUGCCGGACCUGCACGCCGACGUCCGGCGCCGCAGCGCGCCCCUCUGGCCCCGCUACGAGACGGCCUCGUUCCGCUUCGACAUCGACGCCUUCCGCGGCGCCCACACCUCGGCCUCGCGCCUCGAGCGCAUCAACUCGUUCGCCUACCUGCCCCUCCGGGGCCCCAUCCGCAUGCGCGGCCCGGACCUCGACUUCGUGCUCUUCGAGCACUGGGCCCCCGAGGCCGUGCCCCUGGCCCUGCCGGACCCGGAGCGCUACUACCUCGGCCGCCUCGUCGGCGGCACCGCGCGCUUCGAGCUCUGCAAGAAGCUCGACCUCAAGAAGAGGCGGUACAUCAGCACGACGAGCAUGGACUCGGAGCUCGCGCUCGUCACGGCCAACAUGGCCCUCGCGGCGCCCGGGAAGCUGUUCUACGACCCCUUUGUCGGCACGGGCAGCUUCCCCAUCGCGGCGGCGCAGUGGGGCGCCGUCGCCUGGGGCAGCGACAUUGACGGGCGGGCCAUCCGCGGUGGCGGCGGCGGCGGCGGCGGUGGCGGCGGCGGCGGCGGCGGCGGCAAGGCUGGCGCUGGGGACAAGACAGUCAGGGGCAACUUUGAGCAGUACGGCCUGCUGUCCGGCCUGGGCGACAUGUUCACGGCCGACCUGACCAACUCGCCCAUCCGGCGGACGCCGCUGCGCCUGUUGAACGACGACAGAGACCCAACACAAUCAUCAUCAACACCACCAUCGACAUCAAUACCAUCAGCCAACGGCACCGCCACGCCAACAGCGACAAUAACAAGAGGCAUCCUCGACGGCAUCAUCUGCGACCCGCCCUACGGCGUCAGGGAGGGCCUCUUCGUCCUCGGCUGCCGCGACCCGGAGCGCACGCCCUGGGUCGACGGCAAGUCGCGCCAGAUGUACCGGGACCCGGCCUACGUGCCGCCCAAGAAGCCCUACAGCUUCCACGCCAUGCUCGACGACAUCCUCGUCUUCGCCGCCGAGACGCUCGUCGACGGCGGCCGCCUGGCCUUCUGGAUGCCCACGGCCAACGACGAGGAGCAGGAGAUCGCCGUGCCGACCCACCCCUGCCUCGAGAUCGUGUCCGUGUGCACGCAGGCGUUCUACAAGUCAGCAGCAGCAGCAGCAGCAGCAGCAGCAGCAGCAGCAGCAGCAGUUUUCAUGGGGUCCCGGAGGUUAAUCACCUACGCGAGGAUACCAGACAGCCAGGUCGACCAGGACGCGCUGGCCGCGGCCCUGGCCAAGCAAAAGUCACAGAGCGGCGUUGGGGGCACAACUGCGGACGAGCUGAAUCCCUUUCGGCGAGGGUAUUUCACGAAAUUCCAGAGCCCGUCGGCCUCGGCCUCGGCCUCGGGCACCGCCUCACCAGCGCCGGGGUAG